AUUUCACAAAUAUGAUAAAUCAUGUUCUAUCACCAUAUAGGCCCCAAUCGAGGGGGUAAAAGAUAGUUUAGCGCCUCGGCCCCAAUGGAUGAAAUAAUAAUAUUAUUUUUUUUCUUUAACAUGCACAGGAGAAAACUCUACGCCCGAAAUCUACGGAAUAUUUCAAGGGUAACGUCCCGUACUUUCUUCCCGCGAGAGUUACCUAUCCUGGUAUGUUGACAAACAAACAACAGAGGAACAGAAUGGAAAUGCAAAGUCUGUAUUCACUCCGGGAAACGAAUCCGCUUGAACCGUAACUUCUAGCCAAAGCUAUUUUUGGGAAGAAAGAAAAAAUGUGGCUUGAUUGAUUGAACACGUCGGUCCUUUUCUGAUUUGACUGGUUUGAGAACUCUUUGAACAUGCUAGUUCAUGACUGGUUACAGACCUCUGAGGGAGCAGAGAUAUUGCGAUCUAUUUCAUCAGCUGAUGGAAGUCGCCUCCGAUCAUAUGGCUUGUUGGAGCGGCCUGUUCUCCCUGCCAGUGCCUCCAUGGAAGAUGCCCACUACAAGCUGGUGGUGGUGGGCAAGAGUGGGGUGGGCAAAACUAGCACCAUUGUCCAUCUGUCCGGUCAUGGAUUGACAUCUGUCCACUGUGAGACUGCUGGCAUCCAGACCACAAAGAUGUACUGGCCGGUGAAAAUUGCUCAUUUGAACAAAAAGGUUUUGAUGAACCUGACCUUUUGGGAUGCGGGAGAGAUCACAUUGAAGAAAUUUGACCAUAUUUUGCCUGCUUGCAAGUCAGGUGUGGACGCAGUUAUCUUUGUAUUCUCCUUUGUGGACAAAGGCAGUUGGGAGGAGAUCCCGCACCUUAUGACCCAGCUGACUGACCCAGAUGACCAGCUGGCCAAGAUUGUCAUAGGAACAAAAUUUGACCAGUUCUCCCACAGUGAGGUCAGUCAGAGAGAACUGCGAGACUUUGAGCUACGGUGGAACAUUCCAAUUGUGAAAAUCUGCAACACUCCGACCGCCACAUCUGGCACUGGGCUGUCUGACAUUAUUACAGUGAUGAACAAUAUUUGUGAACUUCUUUGGGAAAGGGAUGUACAAAAGGCAGAGGCUGUGUGAAAUGUUCUGGUAUUGGAACUUUGUACCUUUAUAGAAAUGGCUGCAAUUCUCAUAUAUCACUGUACUGUAAGUCCUUCAGUAAACUUGAGAUGAUGCCUUGCAAGAAAUUCUUCACUAAUGGGAGAAUCCUUUUAAAGUGAGGAAUAGGAAAUCUGCCGCCUUUGAAAA